UUGCCUUUCAUCCACUCUUUUCUCCUGCUCGGCUUCGUUGCUUUGCAGGAGGUGUAUAGAUUGCACGCGUCGCUUCUUCGGCUCCUUCCUGGCUAUUCGACUUCGCUCCUUCUACGACUUUCCCUCCUGUCCGAUCGGAAUUUACGACAUUUUGAUCGGAAGCAAGAACAGGAGCUCGCUAGCUGUGAAGAUUUCCUGAAAAGAAAAAAAAAAUGAAGGAUGGAUCAGAUAAUGGAUCGGGUCCUCCACCUAUAAAGUUGAAAUUUGCGCCUAAGAUUCCUGUUCGAAAAUCACCAAAACCGGCUGUUGUUAAAACAGAUUUGUCAGCGAGGACGGAUGACAUUGUUGAUCGAGAACUGUUAGCGAAGUUGAGCGGUGCUAAGUCACAAGAUAAUGGGAGGAGAUUUAAGAGUGAUAAAAAAGCUGUCCAGGAUGAAGUCACAUUUGGAUACGGAAACUCGUCUACACAAGCUAGUUCAUUUGUGACUCCUACAGCAGGAACCCAAAGUGAAGAUGAUCCUGGUCUUGUUUCCCAACCCAGGGAGUAUGCUGAACCAUGGGAUUACGCACGCUCUCAUUAUCCAACGACCCUUCCUUUGAGGAGGCCUUACUCGGGAGACCCAGAAGUUCUUGAUAGAUUGGAGUUCGGCGAGGGAGGCUCGGCGCACUUGCCCAUAGAUGAGGAUAAAAUUAAUGCAGCACAGAAGUUGGGGUUAAUGGAAACCGGCGACGAACCAAAGAUGAUCUUUCUCCAGCUUCCCUUCGAUCUUCCAUCGGCGAAACCACCUGAUGAAGAAAAAGGGCCAGGCAACAAGGCAGCUGAUGAGUCUAGCACGGCUUGCAAGUUGAAAGAUCCUCCUGGUGGUUUCAUGGGGAAGUUGCUGGUUUACAGAAGCGGCAAAGUUACAAUGAAGAUGGGAGAAGUUGUCUUUGAUGUUUCUCCAGGGAUAGAUACAACAUUUGUAGAAGAGCUUGUGGCGGUUAAUGCGAAAGAAAGGCAUUACUGUGUUCUUGGGGAGCUUAACAAGCAUGCAGUUGUAACUCCAGAUAUAGAUGCAUUGUUAGAUGAUUCAGAUUCUGAUGCUUGAUGAUUGUUCAAAACAAAAAUAGCUUGUCAUUUUGUCUUGUUCCUAAACUGUACAAAAUAUCGGGUUUUAGGAUUCUGGAUUUGUUCUACUGGAAGUAUGAGGUAUUGCUCUACACCUUUUUUUUGGUUGGUACUCAAAUUAUAAUAGAGAUCAUAUAAAAAUUACUAUAUUCCAAUUUAA